AUGUUCGAGCUUGGAGUCAUUGAAGAGUCACAGAGCGAGUGGUCAAGUCCAAUCGUGUUGGUACCCAAGCCCAACGGCACCCUCCGCUUCUGCAACGACUUCAGAAAACUUAAUGAAGUCUCCAAGUUUGACGCAUAUCCCAUGCCACGGGUAGAUGAGCUAAUUGAGAGGUUAGGUCCUGCCAGGUACAUCACCACGCUGGACCUCACAAAAGGGUACUGGCAGAUCCCCCUGACUAAGGAAGCCAGGGAGAAAACGGCCUUCUCUACCCCGGAAGGCCACUUCCAAUAUAAAAGGAUGCCGUUCGGUCUACACUCAGCCCCCGCCACAUUCCAAAGGGCCAUGGACAAAACUCUGCGUCCACACCAACGGUACGCUUCGGUCUAUCUAGAUGGCAUAGUCAUCUUCAGCACUGAUUGGGAGUCCCACCUUCCCCGGGUUCAGGCAGUCGUAGACUCCUUGAGAAGAGCAGGAUUCACCAUCAAUCCAGAGAAGUGUGCCACUGGGAUGGAGGAAGCAAAAUACCUAGGAACCCUGACUGAUCUCUUGAAGCAACCAGCUCAAAUUGACUUCCUAAGUGAUGGGCAUCGAGGCAGUAUACAGGUCCAAAUCACAGAAGUUAUACCAAGAAUAUCACCACGGAACAGUAUAGAUCACACACAUUUCAGUAGCUUGGGACUGACAUCACCUUUGACACCUCAGAUCGGUAUGCCUCUGGCUCAGAAUAACAGAGCGCAAAUAGUGUCUGUAAUCCCCUUACAAGACCAAGAUUUCUCAAAAUAUGCUACAAUAAAAACUUCAGAAACUGCAUCGGAUGAAUUUUUCAAGAGAUUUCCGGUUAUGGAUGUUGUUGGAUCUUCUCAGUGCUACCAGUCGGGUGCUUUGAUAACCCCGGACAACUCCACUCUACAAGAUAACCCCCCCAUUAUACCCCCAAAGCCAAACAACAAGGUUAAAGUCUCUAAGACCAAUACACACCCUCUAGCAGGGAAUGCAUUUCAAGUUUGGGACCCAAAUCAUCAUGACAUUCGAAGACAAGUUUAUGCCAACAAGAGACAGUACAGCAUUGAAAAGCUCCCUGAAUUAUUCAGCCAUCAAGGUCAUUAUAAUAGCACACCCCGCCACUUCCCAAGCAACAGCAAGACAGAGGUCACUGUUUGAGGACUGUUGUUAUAUAUAUCCUAUCAAUAUAAAUGAAAAAUGUGGAUGGCAAAAACUUGCUGCACUUUUUUUUUGUGCUCUCAGUUUUGGUUUUGCUAGAAUUUUUUGACUGGAAAAUAACACAAGCACAAAAAACAAGAAAAGAAAUGUCAGUUGCAGGAAAAAGCAUUCCCAUACAUAAAAAGCAGAAGAGCAAAGAGAACAUGAAGAAGUGUAAACUAAGAAUUGCAAAGUCUUAAUUGUGGAAAUACACAAAACAGACUCUGGAUUACAGCAUCUUGCUUUCUUUCCUAACCACCUGACCUGUACUGUUAUAAAAAAAAAAAUCUCAGAUUUGGAAAUUAAUUCUAUUUGCAUUGGUUUGACAUGUUUUUGUUACAGAUAAAUAGUACUACAUUUGGGUGAGCCUAAGCCGACCAGGAAAAAGCAGAAGCUAAAUUGACAGCAUUCAUUGUGGUGCAAUAAAGACACCAAUAAUUAGAAAUCUGCAAGAAUGUUGUUACAUUUAAAUCGAAUAUCAAAUGCCUAUUAUAUAUCAUAUAUUGCAUUUCUAAAAUACAUACUUUUGCAACUACAUUGCCAAAUUUAAGGCCAACCAUAUACAAUCUUUUAUGUGUCAAUAAUUGCCUUAGUAGCUACGUUUGAUAAUCUUACGUCUUUUGUACAGUUUACCAUUGAGUUUAACCCCACCCAGGCCCCUUCCACAGUCUUGCACUCAUAAGUCCAUGGUCCUGCCAGAUUCAUGCUGUGUUAUCAAUGGGGAGCUGCACAGCCGCUACUGCAACCUCUUGUAACCCUCACCUUUCAGUGCAUGUGUAAAAAAAAUCUAUAGAAAGGCCAACUGUUGUAGGAAAUUUUCAAUGGCAGAUAAAUGCUACACAUUGGCUACACAUUGUAUAUCUGGUAGGCGUGUGCACAGGUGUUUAUAAGAAUUUGAGAAGAACUAGGAGAAGGGAAUUUAUUUAAAGGAUACCUAUACUUUUGUAUAUUCUUUAUUGUAAUGCUUUAAAGUGUAUUUCCACUUUUGCAGGCAAAUUGGGAUAAU